ACGGAACCUAUAGAAGUGAGCUAUAGCUGUGUUCUUAUUGUCAUCAGUGGAUCUAUACGAGGCGCGAAACAAAGCCGCGUAAAGAGUAGCGCUACUACGUGAAAGGGAAAUGGCGUAAUCGAGGCGCACUUUCAGGGAACGCAAGCGCGCUCCCGCGACUCCGCGGACCCGUGGGAAGGGAUACACAUUCUUUGGGAGGGAGGGAGGGUUCACAAUUUGGCACAACAGUCUGCUCGCCAGCGGGACCGCUUGACCGGCUGUACGGAGCAAAACAGUACGGCACAGAAGCUGCUUCGGCCGGAGAGAGGGGGAGGGGGACACGCAGCGGCGAUCGAAGGAGCAACGAAAUCUGGAAACAAACGUCGUAAGACGAGUUUUCCGAAUUACGAAUUGAGCUUUUGGGACGCGUAAAAUUUGGUUGGCGUCUUCAAAGCGUGACCAUCGUCUACACCGUAAACGAUCAGGUCAGCCUUCCUGAACCGCUGAAACAUGGGACGGAUAUUCCUGGACCACAUCGGUGGGACGCGCCUCUUCUCCUGCGCCAACUGUGACACCAUUCUGACCAACCGGUCGGAGCUGAUCUCCACACGCUUCACUGGCGCCACAGGCCGGGCGUUCCUUUUCAACAAGGUGGUGAACCUGCAGCACAGCGAUGUACAAGACAGAGUGAUGCUGACUGGGAGACACAUGGUGCGCGAUGUCAGCUGCAAGAACUGCAGCAGCAAGCUGGGCUGGAUCUACGAGUUUGCCACGGAGGAAAGCCAGCGCUACAAGGAAGGCCGCGUCAUUCUGGAGAGGGCGCUAGUGAGAGAGAGCGAGGGCUUGGGGCACGUCCCUUCUGAAAACUCCUGAGUUCAGCAGCAUCCUCUUCUUGUCACUGCACAAGAUGCUUUGCUUGGCAAACCACAGCUUGCUAGCUACCGAUCCAUGAUGGACAUGCGUUGACGGUCUGCUGUUGAAUAUAGUCAACUAUCAAAACAGUAUCAGAGACAGUGAGCAGGUUGCAGUGGUUGAUUUGUUCAGUUUUGGUGUGGCGAGUUAUGGAUAUGCUCUCAAUAAUGGAACUUUCUGAGAAGUUUAAAAGAUUUAUUGUGUGAGAAAGAAUGCCAUCGUCAAGUGUCUCCUCUGAAAUGGUGCUCGAUUGGCAACCUAAAACAUCCAGUGGAUUAUGAUAAUGAUAAAAGGCCUCUGGAUAACGGCUCUUAUCAGACUGCAAAAAUAAUCAUUUAGUGCAGCAACACAACCCCGACACAACCCCCACUGUCAGACAGAUGUUUUCAUCACUUGCACCGAGUGGUUGGCCAUGAAAUAUCAUAGCAGUAAUUUACCUGUAUUGAGACACUGGCAUAGCUGAUUAUCCAAACGUACCAAAUGAUGCAGGAAAAAAAGCCCGUUAUCAGCAACAAAGCAGUGAAUUGCAUUCUUUCCAUAACUAGUGUCAGGCUAUUGGAUAUGAAGUCAUUUUCAUGCACAUCUAUAUGAGAAUAGUUCCAGUGAAGAUAUUUUAAAUUGUCCUCCCUAUUAGUGAAUGUCUGUCACAUCAUUAAAGAACAGCAUGUUAUUUGGCCCGUUAUUAUGUUGAAAGAAAAUGGAUAACAAAAUUGAUCGCGAUACUUUUUUUUUCAUGAGAUCAACUUCAUUUUAGCAUUUUGAGUUUGUUCUGACUGCAGAAAUAAACAUUUUA